AUGGAAACUAACGAUGACGAUAAUAACAAGCCUGCAGCUACGAAGAAGACGAUAGAUAACGAAAAAAACCUGGCUAUCAUUGACAACUUUCGAAUUUUGGGAGGGCUUCUGAUAGUUGAUCGUCAGGUCGAAACCUAUGAACAAAUAAUGGAUCAAGCCCUUGCAAAGGAAGGUGUGACCUCUUCCUUAGCACUUGACAUAAAACGAGCCGAAUUGGCGACCGGAGAUUUAAGGACUUUGGUGAAGUAUUCUACGCUAUCUACUGCACCAGAGUUGGUAAAUCGGCUGAGCGAGUUUAUGGACAAAUCAAAGUCAAUCGGUAGAGACCUACAAGUAUUACAGGCUCGAACGAGAAGUUCUUUGGAUAAUCUGAUAACGUACAACAUGUUUGCUUUGAAGACAUUAGAAAAUGUGAGAGACGGGAGAACAACGAGAAGAGAACUGGCAAGCGCAUAUGAAAAUAUGAUGUCUCUGAUGGAAGGUGAUUUGGAAAGGAUGAUUAUAAAGGCACAGGAUACUCUUGGGAGUCUAGCAACCCUUGACGAAAUGCUAGUAGCAAUUCACGAACUAGUCACCCAGGAAAAAGCCUUCCAAACGACCGAGCGUGAAAAGCUUCUCGCCGAACUCUGGUCUGCCCUCGGCGGCAAUCGUAUUCAAAAGCACAUGUUCAAAGAAAAUCUCGACCUUCUCUCUCAACUUGACAGCCAACGGCGAAAUGCAGUAGUUCAAGUACAGAUGACAUUGUACAGUCUCACGUCAUUUCAAACGGAUUUAGAAGAACUGCGAGAGCAAGUGCUGAAACCGUCGUUGGUUGACUUACCUUUAGAGUUGCAUAUCGAGAAUGUGGAUAAAGGGAUUACUAGGUUGAAGAAUAGUAAAGUUGCUAUUAAAAGUUCUGAUGAGGGAACCGUUAAGACUAUAGAAUAG